AUGAGGGAUGGAGAGGGGGAGGAGGGGAUGGAGAGGGGAAUGAGGGAGGAGGGAGUGAGAGGGGAUGAGGGAGGAGGGAGUGAGAGGGGGGGAGGAGUGAGGGAGGGGGAGGAGGGGAGUGAGGUGGGGGAUGAGGGAGUGAGGGGGAGGGAGAGGGGGAGGAGGGAGGGGAGGGGGAGGAGGGAGGGAGGGGGAGGAGGGAGGGAGGGGGAGGAGGGAAGGAGGGAGGGAGGGGGAGGAGGAGGGAGGGAGGGACAGGGAGGAGGGGCCAGGGAGGAGGGAAGAGAGAGUGAGGAUGAGAGGGAGGAGGGAGGUGAGUAGGGAUGAGGGAGGAUGGGCUAUACCCAGGGAUGAGGGAGGAGGGCAGUGAGGGGAAGAGGGAGGAGGGAGUGAGGGGGAAGAGGGAGGAGGGAGUGAGAGGGGUGAGGGAGUAAGGAGUGAGAGGGAUGAGGGAGGAGGGAGUGAGAGGGAUGAGGGAGGAGGGAGUGAGAGGAUGAGGGAGGAGGGGGACUACAGUGAAGGUAAUUAAAACAAAGACCCUGUGUGUGUAGGGCAUGUGUAUGUGGACUUUGAAGUCAUUCUAUAAUAUUUAGUUUUCCACAAACUGAAAGGUCUUGCCCCGAUGCAUAUUUUUGUUAAUCCCUCCUGAUUCUCUCUUUAUUGCAAUUGUUGCCAGGCUCCAUGCAGGCUGUACUUCUAAACCUCUCCUCACCGUGUGUGUGUGUGUGUGUCCUCGCCUCCCUCCCUCUCUCUGAGAUUACAGAAAGCGCAAGCCCAAUGAUUGAAUUAUAAUCAGUGUGAGACACAGCAGUCUAUCUCCUCACUGUGUGAGCAAAACAGGACUUUGUUCUCACUGUGUUUUGUAUGUUACUAGUAACUUGUUUCAUUUUGCAUGAAUGGCUGUUCAUUCAGAUGUGAAAGUAAUCAAAGAAUGACAGUUUUUCCUUUCCAUCUCUCUUUCCUCCACAUCCUCUCCCUCAAUCAUUUCCUUUCCUCUCUCCCUCUCCCUCUCCCAAUCCCCACCUCCCCUCUCUCCCUCCCUCCUCCACUCCACAGGGACCCUGUGGAACCUGUCUUCCUAUGAGCCUCUGAAGAUGGUGAUUAUAAACCACGGACUGCAGACUAUGACCAACGAGGUCAUCAUCCCCCACUCAGGCUGGGAGCAUGAGCCCAACGAGGACUCCAAGCCCCGCGACGCAGAGUGGACCACCGUCUUCAAGAACACCUCAGGAUGUCUGAGGUAAUAGCUUGCUUGAGGCCUGCUACACACACUCCUCUUAAAGGUACUUCCACCAUAGUGAAGCAGAUGAAAGAUGGUUAAAGUAACACAGAAGCAGGCCCAUGGUACAAUGCAUAUGGACUAGCCAGGCCACCACUCUCACUCCAGCACUUCACCUGAAGAGGCUAUUCUUUGAAUGAGAGAGGGAGUUAAAAGACGUUUUCCACCAGUGCAUCUGAUAAUGAACGGAUAAAAAUCGAUGGUGUCCUCUGCUGCUGUGGCCAUUAGCAGUGCUAUUAACAGACCCCUGUACAGACAGCCUCAGGUUCCUUAGAGGCUAUCCUAGCAACCUGAUGCUUGAUUAGGACUUCCGGGCCCACAAGGGCUUAUCGCCAUGGUUACCUCUCCCAUAACGACAUUAGCCAUUUUAAAUCCACGUCCCCUUCUCCCUGAGCUAAAAGGUUGUGAGGGGUUGGAGGGGGGUGGGUUGGGUUGGGUUGAUUUGGACCGGAAGAAAUUAGUGAUCAGAUUUAUAAAAAUCAGAUCACAGGUUGGUGAGAGAGCCCUGUUUUCCUCCUCAAUUGAUUCAAGGCCAGAUGACAUAAUGCACAGUAUCUAGUAGAUAGAUGUAUUGCUGCUGUGGAUUAUUGUGUCCAUAAACCUUUUCUCAAUCGGAACACAUUAUCAAACUGUUGGAGUUAAUCAGGAGACAAAAGUUAGCUAGUCCAAUCUCUAGCUACUGUCACUCAAGACUACUGCCCUCAUCUAUUCAGCUGGCUCACUGACUGACCUGUUAAAACAGGAAGCCAGUGUUUGAGCCUGAGGGCUAUAAUAUCAGCCAGUUCUCACACACACACACACACACACACACACACACACACACACACACACACACACACACACACACACACACAGGAGAUAACAGACAGUGAGUCUGGUCUGGUUGUCUGAGUUAAGCCAAUAGUCCUCCAGGAGAUAAGGUUGAUAAGUGGGAUUGUUUGACUAGACCUGCUUUCUAUCCCCACCUUUAAACUAGCCACGGCUGCCUCCAACCUCAACUGGCCACCUCUGAGGAAGUAAACAAUAUGUUGUAACACAUGGGACUGCAGGAAUUAUGCUAGUGGAUGGCCUCUCUACUAGUGCUAUGGGAUGUAGCUCAGUUGAUAGAGCAUGGCGUUUGCAACGGCAGGGUUGUGGGUUCGAUUCCCACAGGGGGUAUGAAAAAAUAAAAAAUCAUGUAUGCACUAACUGUAAGUCGCUCUGGAUAAGAGCGUCUGCUAAAUGACUAAAAUGUAAAUGUAAAUGUCCUAUAGUGUUUCUAAUAAAGAUUUAGAAGCUACAAUGUCUUUAUGUUGGCUAUGACUUCUCUAAUAGUGUCCAUUUUGCCCCAAAAAAGUGUUUGAGGUUAAUUUCAGUCAACUUACUAGUGUUUUUUCCUGCUUUCUCUCCUCUUCUGUCGUGACUUGGGCCUUGUGUUUUGGCAGUAUGCCACCGUAGUAAAGCACCAAAAGAUAUCCUCUGUCCCAUCUAUAUUGUAUGUUGCCCCAGCCCCAUCCAAGCCAACCCACAGUCCCUAAUCCACUGCAGUUUAGCUCAGUUUAGCAGUCACUGCAGUCUGUUGGUCAGGAUCCAAGUCAACGCUUUCUUCCAACCCCCUGCUGUUUUGGUCAAAUGUAACCCAUUCCAGAUUAACCCAUCCUUCUGUUUGUUUUUCUCUCUAUCUCCAUCUCUCCCUCUCUCUCGCUCUCUCUCUCUACCUGCUGUCGAGUAUGUCUCCAUGGCAACUGUAACCAAUGACACUCUCUGUUGCCUAGUAAGCUGGCCAGAGGCAGAUUUGUGAGGAGAUCUGCUGAUGUAUGGGAGAUUGUGUUUACUCAUGCCUUGACAGAACUGCACAUUUGCUGCUUAGGUCACUAUAACCUCUAUAUGCUUUUUAGCAUAGUGUUUCCUUUUGGGAGGAUGAGGGUGUCAAUAUUACUGCCUCUCGAAAACUGUGUGUGUGCAUGUGUGUCCAUGAAUGUAUGUAUGUGUGUGUGAGAGAGACUGAGUUAUUAAAGCUGUGCUCUUCUGUAGCUCAGUUGGUAGAGCAUGGCUCUUGAAAAGCCAGGACAGUGGGUUCAAUUCCCGGGACCACCCAUACGUUAAAAAAAAACUAUGCACACAUGACUAAGUCUCUUUCGAUAAAAGUGUCUGCUAAAUGGCCUAUACAGUGGGUAUCAUAAGUAUUCACCACCCUUGAAUUUUUUUCACAUUUUGUUGUGUUACAAAGUGUGAUUAAAAUAGAUUUAAUUGUGAUUUUUUUGGUCAUUGAUCUACACAAAUACUCCAUAAUGUCAAAGUGAAAAUACAUUUCUACAAAGUUUUACAAAUUAAUACAAAUUCUAUAACUAAAAUAUAGUCGUUGCAUAAGUAUUCACCCCUUUGUUUAGGCAAGCCUAAAUUAGUUCAGGAGUCAAAUUUGGCUUAACAAAUCACAUAAUAAUUUACCAGGACGUACUCUGUGUGAAAUAAUAGGGGUUGACAUGAUUUUUGAAUGACUACCUCUUCCUCUGUUCCCCAUAAAUCUGUAAGGUCCCUCAGUCAGGUAUUGAAUUUCAACCACAGAUUCAACUGCAAAGACCAGGGAACUUUUCAAAAGCCUCCUAAAGAAGGGCAGUGAUUGGUAGAUUGGUAACAAUAACAAAUCAGACAUUGAAUAUAUCUUUAAGCAUGGUCAAGUUAAUAAUUAUGCUGUGGAUGAUGUAUUAAACCACCCAGACACAUCAAAGAUACAGUCGUCCUUCUUAACUGAUCUGCAGGACAGGAAGGAAACUGCUCAGGGAUGUCACCAUGAGACCAUUGGUGAUUUUAAAACAAUUCAAUGGCUAUGAUGGGAGAAAACUGAGGAUGGAUCAACAACAUUGUAGUGACUCCACAGUAAUUACCAAAACGACAGAGUAAAAAUAAUAAUACAAAUAUACAGAAUAUGGCAAAGGAAUAAACGUUUUGCCCUAAAUGCAAAGCCUUAUGUUUGGGGCAAAACCAACACAACACAUCACCUAGUAACUGCCUCCUUAUUUUCAAGCGUGGUGGUGGAUGCAUCAUGGUAUGGGUAUGCUUGACGUAGGCAAAGAUUGGGGGGGGGGGGGGGUUCAGGAUGAAAAGAAACGGGAUGGAGCUAAGCACAGGCAAAAUCCUAGAGGAAAACCUGCUUCAGUCUGCUUUAUUACACCAGACACUGGGAGAGGAAUUCACCUUUCAGCAGGACACUAAACUAAAACACAAGGCCAAAUCUACACUGGAGUUACUUACCAAGAAGACAGUGAAUGUUCCUGAGUGGCCAAGUUACAGUUUUGACUUAAAUCUGCUUGAAAAUCUAUGGCAAGACUUGAACAUAUCUGUCUAGCCAUGAUCCCCAAAACCUUGACAGAGCUUGAAUACUUUUGAAAAGAAUAAUGCGCAAAUAUUGGACAAUCCAGGUGUGCCAAAGCUCUUAGAGACUUACCCAGAAAGCUGUAAUAGCUGCCAAAGGUGUUUCUAACAUGUAUUGACUCAGUGGGGGUGAAUACUUAUUUAAUCAAGGUACAGUAUAUUAGUGUUUUAUUUUUCAUUCAUCUUUAAAAUAUAUAUACUUUUUCUUCCACCUUGACAUUAGAGUAUUUUGUGUAGAUCAUUGAAGAAAAUGACAUUUAAAUCCAUUUGAAUCCCUCUCUGAAACACAAUAAAAUUUGAAGAAAUCCAAGGGGGGUGAAUACUUAUGAUACCCACUGUAUUUUUAUGUGUUAUGACCUUGUGAUAAGGGACAUGGUGGUGUCAGAGGUCAGAACACUUCAUCAGUCAACACCAGGGAGGCUGUCUCUCUCUAACCCACUCCCAGAGGACAUCAUAUUGUCCCUUUAUGGCCACAUGUCACCAUGACUAACCUCUGAGACCGGGCAGUUGAUAUACGGGCCACACAAUGGACACACACACUCUCUCACACACCCUCACACACCCUCACACACACAGAUUGACAUUGAAACACACACACAUGCACAAAUUGACACCCACAACAGAUGUACUUUCUAGAAAAAGUGACAAUAAAAUGCCUGCCAAUAAAUAAAAAAAUCAUCCCGCUUUGUCUGUCGGCCCAAACACACACCUACUGUACACACACACAAACACACACACAAACACACACACAUGCACUCUCCCAUCAAAUCAAUCCCUGUUGGAUGCACCUUGGUGGCCGUUAUGGGUGGAAGUGAUUUCUCUGGGCCAAAAGGGAUGUUUUAUGACUUGGGAAUAGAGGCCCAGAUGGUCUGCACUGUCUGCCUCUCUACCAUAGAUUCGUUUUAAUUAGCCCAAAGUGUGUAAUGGCCAAGGCUCUACCUGAGAUUAAUGGAGUCUGCCCCAGAGACUGAUUCCCCCUUUGUGUGUGUGUGGGAGGGGGGGGGGGGGUCUGAAAGAGAGGGUCUGUAUGCACACAUUUGUGUUUGUAAGUGUAUGUGUGUGCACAUGUACAUAUAUCCUGUUUGAGUGUGUGCAUGUAUGAGAGUGUGCAAGUGUGAAUGUGUGUGUGUGUGUGUCAUGCUGGCAGGACUCAAGGCUUUGACUGCCCCCCUCAACCCCGCUAGAGUGGUGGCAGGCAUCCUCCUCCAGGACUUGCUGGGUGGUUGGUAAUGCGAUUAUAUGGCACGGAAAGGAAACCUUCUUGAAUGAAGUCCCCAGUGAGCCUGGCAGCUCCUGCUCUCUCUCCACAACUAAACUCUCAGAAAAGGCCUGCAGGCUGUAUUCACUCAAACUACACUGAACAAAAAUAUAAACCAACAUGUAAAGUGUUGGUCCCAUGUUUCAUGAGCUGAAAUAAAAGAUCCCAGAAAUUGUCCAUAUGCACAAAAAACGUAUUUCUCUCAAACUUUGUGCACAAAUUUGUUUACAUCCCUGUUAGUGAGCAUUUCUUCUUUGCCAAGAUAAUCCAUCCACCUGACAGAUGUGGCAUAUCAAGAAGCUGAUUAAACAGAAUGAUCAUUACACAGGUGCACCUUGUGCUGGGGACAAUAAAAGACCUCUCUAAAAUGUGCGGUUUUGUCACACAACACAAUGCCACAGAUGUCUCAAGUUUUGAGGGAGCGCACAAUUGGCAUGCUUACUGCAGGAAUGUCCACCAGAACUGUUGCCAGAGAAUUGAAUAUUGAUUUCUCUACCAUAAGCCGCCUCCAACGUUGUUUUAGAGAAAUUGGCAGUACGUCCAACCGGCCUCACAACCACAGACCACGUGUAUGGCCUUCGUGUGGGCGAGCGGUUUGCUGACGUCAAUGAGUGCGCCAUGGUGGCGGUGGGGUUAUGGUAUGGGCAGGCAUAAGCUACUGACAACGAAAACAAUUGCAUUUUAUCAAUUGCAAUUUGAAUGCACAGAGAUACCGUGAUAAGAUCCUGAGACCCAUUGUCUUGACAUUCAUCCGCCGCCAUCACCUCAUGUUUUAGCAUGAUAAUGCAUUGCCCCAUGUCACAAGGAUCUGUGCACAAUUCCUGGAAGCUGAAAAUGUCCCAGUUCUUCCAUGGCCUGCAUACUCACCACACAUGUCACCCAUUGAGCAUGUUUGGGAUGCUCUGGAUCGACGUGUACGGCAGUGUGUUCCAGUUCCCAACAAUAUCCAGCAACUUCGCAAAGCCAUUGAAGAGGAAUGGGACAACAUUCCACAGGCCACAAUCAACAGCCUGAUCAACUCUAUGCGAAGGAGAUGUGUCGCACUGCAUGAGGCAAAUGGUGCCCACACCAGAUACUGACUGGUUUUCUGAUCCACGCCCCUACUUUUUUUUUAAAGGUAUCUGUGACCAACCGAUGCAAAUCUGUAUUCCCAGUGAUGUGAAAUCCAUAGAUUAAGGCCUAAUGAAUUUAUUUUAAUUGACUGAUUUUCUUAUAUGAACUGUAACUCAGUAAAAUCUUUGAUGUUGUUUGCAAGUCAACCUAGCUGUUUAUAUUCUUGAUGCUUUUUAAUGAAAUGCUUUUGGUCUUUAAAAAAUGAAGGUUGUGUUUUCUGUGUCUCUGACCAGUGUAUAUCUGUCUCUUUAACCACCCUGUCUCUCUGCCUUCUCUACCCCAGGAAUGUGAGUUCGGACGGGGCCGAGGCGAGGCGCAGACUAAGGGAGUGUGAGGGGCUUGUGGAUGCUCUGCUGCACGCCCUGCAGUCAGCUGUGGGCAAGAAAGACAUGGACAACAAGGUGAGCCUCCAAACCGACCGACAUUACUGUAUCUGCAUUGCCAAUAUGUCAUAUGUUCAUUGGAGACACUUGAUACCUUGGAUGCAGAUCUCUUAACUGCUGAGUUUUGCUGUUCUCUAGCUAGUUUUCUAGCAAAUAACCAGUCCCUUUCCAUAUCAUAUUGCUUGAUCAAUCUGUAUAGGUUGAGCUGACAUUGUCCCUCCAUCUACAUCUAUCCCCCCCACCAGUCUGUGGAGAACUGUGUGUGUAUCAUGAGGAACCUGUCCUACCACGUUCACAAAGAGAUCCCAGGGGCCGAGAAGUUCACAGACCCGUCCGUUCUGCAUGCCCCGGGCUCUGCGGGCCCUCAGAGGAAGAAGAAGGAUGAUGCAGGCUGCUUUGGAGGGAAGAAGGCCAAAGGUGAGAGGACAACACAGAGGGAGACUGGAGAGACAUAGGCCCAGUCCCAAGAAAUAGGCCCAGUCCCAAAAUAUAGGCCCAGUCCCAAAACGUAGGCCCAGUCCCAAAACGUAGGCCCAGCUUCAAAACGUAGGCCCAGUCCCAGAACGUAGGCCCUGUCCCCAAACGUAGGCCCAGCUUCAAAAUGUAGGCCCAGUCCCAAAACGUAGACCCAGUCCCAAAAUGAGUCUCUUCCGUGGACCGCCAGUGACGGCUGAUCUGUAGGAAGCACCUAUUAACAACAACACAGAAAAAGUUAUCACUUUUCUCCUUAUCUGGCAUUCAGUUACAAUGGAAUCUAAAUCUGUAUGCUAUUUGCAAAAUGGGCCAUGUCAGUUUGUAUAGUUAACUGUAUGUAUCCAGGCUUAUCAUACACUAUUUCAGCUCUUUAGGGCUCUAUUUACCUACUUUAGCCCAGAGCUUUUUCCCCCUAGACAGUUACAGUAUUUAGUAUAGGCUACCCCUGGUCCUAGACAUAUACAGUAUGUAAUUAGUAUAGGCUACCUCUCAGUCACUGGCUGACUAAUGGCUGAACAACAAGCAGAGCUCCCUCUCCCACAACAAAUAAUGACUGAAAUGAAUCACUUAGCCAAUGAGGUGAGACCCAAUUUCACUGACCUUUCACCCCUCAGGGUCCAGAGGGGGACGCCACUGAUUUAGAGGCUAAGAAAGCACUGGGGGAUGUGUCUAGAAGUGUGUGUGUUUACAGAUGAAUAUUAUAGAUGGCAAUCUCAAGCGAAUUAGCCAGGCGGCUGCUAUUGUACAUAGCAGUUAAUGAGGUGUGUUUAGCCUUCGCAGGCCCUGGAGGUGUACUUUGAAGGAGAGAUGGCCUAUAUUAAAAAAGCUAAACACGUGCGGGAAGGGGAGUCAGAUCUUUCAGGAGAGCUGUUUAGACAACACAGUCUUUCCUAGCAAUUUGUUACAUGAGAUAAACCCUCUAAAUUACCCCCCCCCGAAUUCUGACACUUGCCGUUAGAGCCAUUACCAUGAACAGACGCUUCAGGCCCAACUUAUUUAGUGAAUGCUAAUGGUUUCUUUUUGCAUUUCUCUUUUUAUUCUUGAUUCCUAUAUUCCUGUGCUGUUAUGUGUGGCUGGCUUAGUGCCUUGUGUGGCAGUGACUGUCCCUCUCUCUCCUUGUUUGUGGCACUACAGUGUGGUGAUACACACACAACAUUGGUUUUACUAAGUGGGAACCAAAGAAUGUAGUCCCAUCCAAAAUCCUAUUUUCUCUAACCCUAACCUUAACCCCUGACCCUAAAACUAAACCAAACCCUAACUCCUAAUCCUAAUUCUAACCCUAAUUGUAACCCUAAACUUAACCCCUAAACCUAAAAUAGCAUUUUUCCUUUUGGGUACCGGCGAAAUGUCCCCAAAUGUUCCUUAUUUUACUUCUGAGGACUUUUGGAACACAAAAUGCAUAGUAAAGUUAGACCAUACACACACUUUUUUCUUUAAUGAGCCGAGCACACUGACACCACAGCCUCUUUGAACACUGUCCCAAGAAAAUAACUGUGGAGUGCUAAUGGAUUUACACCCUGCUUGUCUCCUUUAAACCUAUGUACUUGUUUUGUUCCUUAUAUUCUCCCAUUCUCUGUCUUGCUCUCUUUCUUUCCCUCUGCCUCUUAGUACUGAGCGAUUAAAACCAGUUAAAUGUAACUAAAUGUAAUAGAAAAUGUAAUCUACGUAAUCCCCAAAAGUAAUUAUUUAUCAUGAGAGGGCCAUAAACAAUGAGUAGUAAUGCGGCUUUACUCCAAGAAAGGUUAAAAUCUCACCUUUCUGUUAAUUUUUUUGAUAAAUUGCUGAGGUGUAGUCACUUUUGAUGGCAAGUCAAAGUACACAGUACAAAUAUGAUACAAUUAUGAAAUAUCUUAUGAAGUAUUUCCUUUUCAACAAAACUGUGUGAAUAAGGUUUGAAAUGGCUUGUAUGCUUUCCAAAUAUAAUAUAAUCAAAUUAUAAAAUGACUAACUAUAAGAUUUCACCUUCCUUAUAACUGUAAAAUACAUAUUAGUAUGUUUAGUGUUAGAGAGAAUUAACAUAUUUUCUAAAGGUCUCUCGAUCAAAACGUCUGCCCCCAUCGCUGUGAAUGUACAGUGGGGGAAAAAAAAUAUUUAGUCAGCCACCAAUUGUGCAAGUUCUCCCACUUAAAAAGAUGAGAGAGGCCUGUAAUUUUCAUCAUAGGUACACGUCAACUAUGACAGACAAAAUGAGAAAAAAAAAUCCAGAAAAUCACAUUGUAGGAUUUUAAUGAAUUUAUUUGCAAAUUAUGGUGGAAAAUAAGUAUUUGGUCAAUAACAAAAGUUUCUCAAUACUUUGUUAUAUACCCUUUGUUGGCAAAGUCUUCACAAGGUUUUCACACACUGUUGCUGGUAUUUUGGCCCAUUCCUCCAUGCAGAUCUCCUCUAGAGCAGUGAUGUUUUGGGGCUGUCGCUGGGCAACACGGACUUUCAACUCCCUCCAAAGAUUUUCUAUGGGGUUGAGAUCUGGAGACUGGCUAGGCCACUCCAGGACCUUGAAAUGCUUCUUACGAAGCCACUCCUUCGUUGCCCGGGCGGUGUGUUUGGGAUCAUUGUCAUGCUGAAAGACCCAGCCACGUUUCAUCUUCAAUGCCCUUGCUGAUGGAAGGAGGUUUUCACUCAAAAUCUCACGAUACAUGGCCCCAUUCAUUCUUUCCUUUACACGGAUCAGUCGUCCUGGUCCCUUUGCAGAAAAACAGCCCCAAAGCAUGAUGUUUCCACCCCCAUGCUUCACAGUAGGUAUAGUGUUCUUUGGAUGCAACUCAGCAUUCUUUGUCCUUCCAAACACGACGAGUUGAGUUUUUACCAAAAAGUUCUAUUUUGGUUUCAUCUGACCAUAUGACAUUCUCCCAAUCCUCUUCUGGAUCAUCCAAAUGCACUCUAGCAAACUUCAGACGGGCCUGGACAUGUACUGGCUUAAGCAGGGGGACACGUCUGGCACUGCAGGAUUUGAGUCCCUGGCGGCGUAGUGUGUUACUGAUGGUAGGCUUUGUUACUUUGGUCCCAGCUCUCUGCAGGUCAUUCACUAGGUCCCCCCGUGUGGUUCUGGGAUUUUUGCUCACCGUUCUUGUGAUCAUUUUGACCCCACGGGGUGAGAUCUUGCGUGGAGCCCCAGAUCGAGGGAGAUUAUCAGUGGUCUUGUAUGUCUUCCAUUUCCUAAUAAUUGCUCCCACAGUUGAUUUAUUCAAACCAAGCUGCUUACCUAUUGCAUAUUCAGUCUUCCCAGCCUGGUGCAAGUCUACAAUUUUGUUUCUGGUGUCCUUUGACAGCUCUUUGGUCUUGGCCAUAGUGGAGUUUGGAGUGUGACUGUUUGAGGUUGUGGACAGGUGUCUUUUAUACGGAUAACAAGUUCAAACAGGUGCCAUUAAUACAGGUAACGAGUGGAGGACAGAGGAGCCUCUUAAAGAAGAAGUUACAGGUCUGUGAGAGCCAGAAAUCUUGCUUGUUUGUAGGUGACCAAAUACUUAUUUUCCACCAUAAUUUGCAAAUCAAUUCAUUCAAAAUCCUACAAUGUGAUUUUCUGGAUUUUUUUCUCUCAUUUUGUCUGUCAUAGUUGACGUGUACCUAUGAUGAAAAUUACAGGCCUCUCAUCUUUUUAAGUGGGAGAACUUGCACAAUUGGUGGCUGACUAAAUACUUUUUCCCCCCACUGUAUCACAGAACUUUAGCUUGGCUUCCUGAACUCGUUAGGAACUCAUAGUCCAUAUAUGACAAACAGAAAGGGAUUUUUGUUUAAAAUCUAUGAAUUCUUUUAGAUUACUGGCUAUAAAUCGAUUUCAUGUGCUACAGUGACGAAACUACUCUUCUUUGCGCUAUGAUGUAAGGAUUGCAUGCAUAUAUGUUGUUAGUGGCUGUGACAUAGGGUUCAGCCAGGAGUUGAUGGAAAGUCGGAAAAUCGCAUGAAAGGGUAGGAAGGACAUCCCAGCUUCUAAUGGUGUCAGAUGUCACAUCCUGCUUCACACAGGCAAAAGAGACAUUCUCACUGUGUCCGUGGGAAUAAGGGCUAGCACUCAAUACGAGCCAUUACGAUCUACGGUGUCCACAGAUCGAUUUAUAAGUGAAAAUGUUUAGUCGGAACUAGUACCAGAACCACGCAGGUCCCCGAAAUAGGGGACUUUACAUCUAAGAGAAAUCAAGUAAUUCAUGAGAGAAAUCAAUUCAAGAAUGAUUUGGUACGCUGGGCAAAAGGGAGUUGUAGUUUUCAUUAAGCAAAUAUUCAACCUAGUUGAGUGCAGAAACGUGGUAAUUAACUACAAUGACCCUAAUCCUUUGCGCCUGUUUUCAGGCAGAAAUGGACACACUUUUACACCUGCUACGUUAAGUUAGAUACACACAGACCGCAUAGACCGCAUGAGAGAGGAAUGUACACAACACAACUACAAGAGGGAGGGAUAGAGACAGUUUGUGAAAGUAUGCCUUAUCUUCUUAGAAGAACAAUUAAAAUGAGUACAGAGAUUACGUCUGGCUGUUUGGCUGCUACUGCUUGAACAGAGAUGAGAAGGAAUUAAAAAUAAUAAAGUAAUCAAAUAAAAACUAAGUAAUAUACACAACUGAAAUAUUGUAUUAUUUCAUAGUAAUUUCCUAUUUUUCUAUUCAUGUCUACCCAAUGUGGACCUGACAGAGACAAGGGAAUAUUUUCUAUGUUUUGGCAAUUGAAUGUUCACUAUUUUUGGCUUUGGAACUUCCAUUAAAAAGCUCAAAAAUAAGUGUAGUGUCAUUAUUUAAUAAUGCAUUUAAUGUAAAAAAAAAUAAUUGAAACCGAAAUCGGAAACUAUGAUCAUUUUGUAAUACUCUGACCGAAACUGAACUGACCUAGAAAAGCACUAAUCACUCAGCACUACUGCCUCUCUCUCUCUCUCUCUCUCUCUCUCUCUCUCUCUCUCUCUCUCUCUCUCUCUCUCUCUCUCUCUCGCUCUCUCUCUCUCUCAAAUGUACAGCCCAAGUUGACUUUAAACUGAAGUGUUUACUUGUUAUUGUCACCUCUAAUCCUCACAACCUAUUUUAUCUUUUACUCUUCUCUUCUCCCUGCUUGUGUUUUUGGCAUUGCUGCUGCUUCCUUGGCUAACUAUAGAGGAAUGGUUUAAUCAAGGUGAGUGUCCCCAUGUCCUGUUUCAGCACACCCUCUCACCCCUGCCCUUAUAGCUACUGUAGCAUUAGUAGUUUGGGUCUCCUCCAAAAAUGAAAAGAUUGAAGGACUUCAUUUGUUUCUCCUCUUCAUUUGCUGCACUCUUACUGUAGGUCUACCUCUUCCGUCAUGCCCCCAAACAUCAAAGUGUUAGUAAUCCAAACCUAGCCUAAUCUCGGGGGUAGAGGUAGGGGAGAGCCAGGUAAGACGAAUAAGUUUGGGUAGUGAAAAAUAACCUGGGCUCUAGUUUUUAGUCCCAGCUUUAGACUGCAGUGCAGUUUCCCCUCAGCCUGCUGGUAAGUUUGAAACGUUAAAGGUUGAAUCUCACAUAGUGACAUAGGCAUGUCCCCUCCCUGUUGAGGAUACGGAUGGAGAGAGGUUCAUUAGCUGGCCCUUCUGUAGUCACCUGGCUCCAUUACCCUCCCUGCAUUAUUAAAGGGGGUUCCCACCUGCCAUCCCUGGGAAGGAGUGUAGCUCAGUUGGUAGAGCAUGGCGUUUGCAACGCCAGGGUUGUAGGUUCGUUUCCCACGGGGGGCCAGUAUGAAAAAUGUAUGCACUCACUAACUGUAAGUCGCUCUGGAUAAGAGCAUCUGCUAAAUUACUAAAAUGUAAAUCUAAAAUGAAGGGCUGCUACUAGACUUGUGUGUGCAGUGAUGCAUCUUUCUGUGCGUGCGUGUGUGUGUGUUCAUCUGCUUGCACGUGCGCUUGUGUGUGGUCCUGCAGUGGUCUCUAGGACAUUGUCAGUUAACUCUGUCAGGUUGUCUCUGAAUGUGACAUUUACAUAUGUUCUCUCUGGCUCUAUCCAGCCAGAAAAAACGGCGAGAAUGACAAAAACUACGACACUCUGGAUCUACCCAAGCGCACAGAACCCACAAAAGGUAGGCUUGUUCUGUCAAUGAGGUUCACUUAUUACAACUUCAACCUGUCACUCCUUUUCUUGUCACUGAAAGGGAGAAUAUCCCAAAUCCAUGACUGCCAUUGACUUUCUAUCAAAUGUUAUUUAAAGAGAAAUGACCAAAUUAUCUUUGUUUUGACAAAGAUGCUACCAAGAAAAUAAAUUGGGUUGUCGUGGAUGGUUUGUUGUGACUCGAAGGAUGUCAAGUGUUGUGCUUGCUUACACGUGGUAGAGUGGCGUAGGGAGCCAUUUCGCUUUUGUUACUUCUUAAAUCGGCACCUUGACAGUUGACUGCUGCUGAUUUGAUGUCGCUAGCUAGGUUGAUAUGAUAACAAAGCUUUGGCUAGCAGAGCUCCCAGGCUUUUUGUAAAGCACUCCCAAGCAUUUGAGCUGCUUUGAUUGGAAUCAGCUCCUUUACAUGAGAGUUGGUUAGCAGCCAAUGUAUCAUGUUCUGUAGCCUAUGAGUUUCAGGGACACAACUAGUUACAAGGCCAGAUAGUCCCCUCCUAUUUCAGCAGUGUUGGAACAGUGUUGAUGGGUGUAAAUGGCUGAUUCUGGGUUCAGGCAGACAGACAGGCAGACAGCUAUUGGCCAGCAGCAGAUUGGAAUGGGAUGAGAUUGGAUUUGAUGGGGUAGAUGGUGGGUGGGUUGUGGGUUGUAGAUGGUGUAAGCAAAUGGGUCACCUGGGCCUGUGAGGUUUAGCAGCUCUGUCAGAAGUGAGUCUCCUCCAGCCUCUCCAAGCCUCUCUACUGUCAAACCUGGCUAGGAUCAGCCCAGCCCACUACAGAUACAGAACCUGAGAGGACCAACAGACAGGGGACUGUUGCAGUACCCUGUAGCUGA